UUAAACAAAAUUUUUAAAGAUAAUAUUUUUAACUGUAUAUUCCAGAACCCACAGACUAAUCCGGAGUCAACAAGCUCCGGUUUGCGAUCAUGCUUUCCGACACCUCUUCUUCUCUCAUCCGUCUUAACAUCGGUGGGAAGAAAUUUUGCACUACUAUUGAUACGUUGACGCAGCGGGAGCCUGAUUCCAUGCUUGCCGCUAUGUUCAGUGGUCGCCACUCUGUCUGUGCUGACUCUGGGAAGGGCUAUAUAUUUGUGGACAGGGAUGGGAAACAUUUUCGUCAUAUAUUAAAUUGGUUGAGGGAUGGCGUAGUCUCUUCAUUGAGUGACUCUGAGUAUUCAGAGCUUCUUCGGGAAGCAGAAUACUUUCAACUUUUGGGACUAAUAGAUGAAAUCAAUACUGUUCUAAACAACAGGAAGGAGGAGGAGGAGCUGAAUACUGAGUUGACGCGUAACGAUAUCAUUAAAUGCAUACAAUCUGAAAAAGUCAGAUUCAGAGGAGUGAAUAUUUCUGGUCUUGAUCUUUCUAAAUUGGAUCUGUCAUAUGUGGACUUCAGUUAUGCAUGCCUUAAAAAUGUGUUCUUCUCACGCGCUAAUCUUCAGUGCGCAAAAUUUCGGGAUGUCGAUGCUGAGGGCUCAAUAUUUCAUAAUGCAACAUUGCGCGAAUGUGAAUUUACAGGAGCAAAUCUUCGUGGAGCUUUAUUAGCUGGAGCGAAUCUCCAAAGUGCAAAUUUACAAGAUGCUUGCCUAGUAGACUGUAGUUUUUGUGGGGCAGAUUUGCGCUCGGCUCACCUACAGACUGCUGACCUUACUAAUGCGAACUUGGAGGGAGCUAAUCUUGAAGGUGCAAAUUUAAAGGGGGCAAAGUUACAUAAUGCCAAUCUGAAGGGUGCAAACCUCCAACGAGCUUAUCUGCGUCAUGUGAAUCUCCGUGAUACUCAUUUGGAAGGUGCAAAGCUUGAUGGUGCAAACUUGCUGGGUGCGAUCAGAUAACACAUUGGAGUUGCUUUUUUGAUGAAAGUACAAAUAAGUUAUUUUCUUGUCUUUUCUGUAACUAUUUCUCCUGAUAAGUUUAUAUAUGCGACCUUGCAUUUUAUACACUCCUCUGUAUCAAAUGCUUGCUUGUAAGUAGCGACAGAAAUAAUUUAAUUGCUUGCAUUUUGAUUUGUUCA